AUGAUGGACACACGGGGUCCUUUUAGGGAUUUGACCUUCGAUGGCCGACCUGGACAGUAUAGAGAGUUCAGAAGAAAGGCGAUACUCAGUGUGGCUGCCUUAGAAGACAAGAAUCAACACUUAGCAGGACCGAAACUGCUUAGCAGAUUGUCUGGUGAAGCCUGGAGAUGUACAGAACAUCUAUCAAUUGCCGAAGUCAGAUCUGACCGUGGAUGGUUGACAGUGCUGGAAUGUUUGGAUAAGCACUAUCGCCAUUUGCCCGAGGUAGAGCUGCAUGAAUCAAUUGAUGAUUUUCUGUUUCACCUGAAAAAGCGUCCACACGAAGGUACAACUGCAUUCUCAGCACGUUUCAAGACGGCCUUGUCAAGGUUGGAGACGUUGAUACAUCAAGAACGAGAAGCUUCCAAGGCCAAAAAGAGAAGGAAGAGUGAUGACAAGAGACGCCUCACACCAGCCUCUCCUGUCGAAAGUUCCUUGGAAGAUUCGUAUGAUUCACCUGCAAAUCCGUCAGAACAUGCUGAACAAACAGAUGAUACAGAAGAAGAGCCAGCUCAGCCACCGCCGAGCGAACCAGCUGAACCUUCGGCACCACAGCCUGCUGCCGAAACUGCCGAUGCAUCAGCCUCAGGUAUGCCAAAAGCUGCAUCAAGGCCAGCUUCCGAGAAGAGUGCCAAGAGUGCCAAGAGCGCCAAAAGUUCCCUGAGGUCAUCCAAGAAGCAUACAACUGGUACCGAAAAAGGUGAUUCUGAGAAAGCUCAAAUGGCUAUGCGAAGGAUGUUGGGCACCCUGGAACCCUCACAUCGCAAGCCAAAGCCAAUUUUUCCACAAUCAGUGCUGGGUCAUUUGUUCAUGCGGAAGUUUGGACUGAACCGUGAACAGCGAACCUUGGUGAUCCGUUCAACUGGUGGUAGCUCAAGAUUUUUGGAUGUUGAGCGCAUUCUCAGGGCAUCAGACCUUGAGGACCAACGCACAGACGAUCGCCGUCCUGCAAGACCUCAGUUGAAACCUGGGAAACGGGAAACCUAUGCUGUUCAGGAAAACGACCCUGAAAGUUCAUCUUUGGAACUCCCCUUGACUGAAUCCGAUGAUGAUGAUAUGGGUGAAGUUUUUGUGGGAGAAGAACAUCAAGAUGAUGAAAGUGAAGACGAACUAGCUGAAGUGUUUGAGAUUCAGAAAAAGGCAAAACGUGACUUCAAGAAAAACUUCAAGACCUACAAGGAUACCAAGAAGAAAGUCAAGGAGAUAAAGAAAUCACGUGUUGGUCCUUCGUACUAUCCAGUAGUUGCGAUGCCCCCUGAUGGAGCCUCCUCUGCAAGUGGUAGCCAACAGACCAAUGUAAAGCCUUUCAGAAAUGAUCGCCAAGAACAGCCAAAGAAGAAGGGUGAGAAUCGUGGUUACAAGCCAUCCAGCCGAAAAGAGGAUGCCAAUUUCACUGAAACAGAGGUUGUCACUCAGUUCAACUACAUGGAGAUCACCUUGCCUGCUGUGGAGUUGAAGGGCUUCAAUGGUAAGACCGAGACCACGACCCGAGGACAAAUAAUCCAUGCAGCGGUGGCCUAUAAGCCUCGUAAGGAAAGAAUGCCAACCACCGCUAGCCAGGAAGCAUAUGAUAGUUCCGUAGCAUCCCUGGAGAUAUGCGGAACCCUGUCUGUGUCUCCCUGGAGGAUACGACCACCUUCACAAGACCGCCGUCCAGUUCCAUCCAUGAGUGUUGCCAUCUUUGCCUUCCGUGUGCCCGACCAGCCAAAAGAAUUUGCCAAUGAAAUGGCUGAGCCACGCAGUGAUGAGCCAUGCAGAGAUGAGCCAGCAUGCUUUUGUUGCAAUGAACAUGAUGAUGUAACUCCCCCAGAUAAGGGCAUAGAUAUCCCCGUAGAAUCACUUUAUGAGGAGAUAAGCUGGGUAGAACUUGAAGACCAAAAGCCCUUGCCUGCCGAGAGUGCCAAAAGCCUGCUCAAAAGCAUUGGUUCCAUCCGAAAGGCCAGUCUGCGAAUGACGUUGUCACGCUUGGCAACACAGCCUGAUAAGGUCAAAGCCGAACUGAAGCAAUGGCUUGGUGAUCAAGCUCAUGUCUUGGAUAAGAAGGUAGGUCUCAUAGAAGUGUUCACAGGCGAAGCAAAGUUGUCACAGGUGUUUGAAAAGCAAACCGGACUUGCAAGCAUCCGCCUUGGUCUCCAGUUCGGCCAAGACUUCACACGUUUGCAUGACCGUAGAUGCCUGCUUUUGCUGAUAGCAUUUUGCAGACCACGCCACGUGUGGUUCAGUUUUCCGUGCAAGCUUUGGGGUCCCUGGACAAGAUUAAACCUCAUCAAAAGCCAUGCCACAUACGAGAAGAUCAUGAGUGAACGAGCCAUAGCACGUCGCUAUUUGCAUAAUGUUUCAGAAGCCUGGAACCUCCAAAUCUUGCUGGGUGGACAUGCCCACGCUGAAAAUCCUUUAGCAUCUCAGGCAUGGGCCGAGUUGUGUUUGGAAAAUGCUUGGGAAGUCCGCAUAGAUCAGUGUGCCUUGGGACUUCGAUCACCGAAAUCAGAUUUGCCUGUUUUCAAGCCGACCCGAAUUGUAACCAGUGACGCCACUUUGGCAUCAGGCCUGAGACCUCUGCCAGAGGAUGAAGCUGCAUUCCGUGAACUCUCAAAAGAGCUUGCUGUAGGCCAGUUGGCCCCAGACAUGGAACGUGCCGACAACCAGCUGAAAC